GUACCGGGCAGGCCGCCGACGGGACGAGAAGCCCGAGGGCGGUGGCACUCUGGUGCGGCAGCCCCGCCAGCGCAGUGAGGGGCGGCGGCCCAGGGAGCGCCCCGGGGGGCGGCGAUGGCGCUGCGGGCGCGGGCGCUGUACGACUUCAGGUCGGAGAACCCGGGUGAGAUCUCGCUGCGGGAGCACGAGGUGCUGAGCCUGUGCAGUGAGCAGGACAUCGAGGGGUGGCUGGAGGGCGUCAACAGCCGCGGGGACCGCGGGCUCUUCCCGGCUUCUUACGUGCAGGUGAUCCGCGCCCCCGCCGCCGAGCCGCCGCCGCCCGCCCGCUACGCAAACGUCCCCGUCGGCGGAUUCGAGCCGCUGCCGCCCCCCGCCGCCUUCAAACCGGCGGCGCAGCAGCCUCCGCCCGAGCCCUUCCCGCCGCCCCCCGCCGGGUAUCCCUUUCCGCCCUACGGCGGCUCCUACCAGCCCAGCCAGGGCAGCGAUGACGACUGGGACGACGACUGGGACGACAGUUCCACGGUGGCCGACGAGCCGGGCGCCCUGGGCAGCUCCUACCCCGACUAUGAGGCGGCGGGCGGCGGCGCCUCGGGCCGGUACCGCCUGUCCACCCGCUCCGAGCCGUCCCUGGGCCCCCGCGGCGCGGGGCACCCACCGGGACACCCGCACCCACCCGGCGGCGGCGGCGCCGCCAAGAGCUCGGCCACGGUGAGCCGCAAUCUCAAUCGAUUCUCCACCUUCGUCAAAUCUGGCGGAGAGGCCUUCGUGCUGGGCGAGGCGUCGGGCUUCGUGAAGGACGGGGACAAACUGUGCGUGGUGCUGGGCCCCAGAGGCCCCGAGUGGCAAGAGAACCCCUAUCCUUUCCAGUGCUCCAUCGAGGACCCCACCAAACAGACCAAAUUCAAGGGCAUGAAGAGCUACAUCGCCUACAAGCUGGUGCCCAGCCACACCGGGCAGCAGGUGCACCGCCGCUACAAGCACUUUGACUGGCUCUACGGGCGACUAGCUGAGAAGUUCCCUGUCAUCUCCGUGCCCCACUUGCCAGAGAAGCAGGCCACUGGCCGCUUUGAGGAGGACUUCAUCUCUAAACGUCGCAAAGGCUUGGCAUGGUGGAUGGACCAUAUGUGCAGCCACCCUGUGCUCGCUCAGUGUGAUGCCUUCCAGCACUUCCUCACCUGUCCCAGCACAGAUGAGAAGGCCUGGAAACAGGGCAAGCGCAAGGCUGAAAAGGAUGAAAUGGUGGGUGCCAACUUUUUUCUGACCAUCAGUGUCCCCACAGGCCCUGGGGCCAGCCUGGACUUGCAGGAGGUGGAAAGCCAGGUGGAUGGCUUCAAAGCCUUCACCAAGAAGAUGGAUGAGAGUGCCCUGCAACUUAAUCACACAGCCAAUGAGUUUGCCCGCAAACAAGUCACUGGUUUCAAGAAAGAAUACCAGAAGGUGGGGCACUCCUUCAAGUGCCUCAGUCAGGCAUUUGAGCUGGACCAGCAGGCCUUUUCAGCUGGCCUCAACCAAGCCAUAGCCUUCACUGCAGAAGCCUAUGAUGCCAUCGGGGAUCUCUUUGCAGAUCAGCCCCGGCAGGACCUAGAUCCUGUGAUGGAUUUGUUAGCGUUAUAUCAGGGGCAUUUGGCCAACUUUCCAGACAUCAUCCAUGUGCAGAAAGGAGCCCUUACCAAAGUAAAGGAGAGUAAGCGGCACGUGGAAGAGGGGAAGAUGGAGCUCCAAAAAGCUGAGGGCAUUCAAGAACGUUGUAACAUUAUUUCCUUUGCAACCCUCGCAGAAAUUAAUCAUUUCCACAAAAUUCGUGUGAGGGACUUUAAAUCACAGAUGCAGCAUUUCUUGCAACAGCAAAUACUCUUUUUUCAAAAAGUGACACAAAAGCUAGAAGAAGCUCUUCACAAGUAUGACAGUGUUUAGUCUCCUGAUUUGUGGACUUUGCUCAGCACAAAUGUGACCCAGGCAGCAGAGCAAAUGCUGCUGAAGAGCUGUUGCCAGUGGUAGAUGGCGGUACAAGGAUGGGUUUGUGUUCACCUGGAAGCCAGGUUUAAUCUCUGAUUAUGUAGAAAGGAAACAGUUAUAGGGCUGUGUAGUAGAAACAGUACCACGCGUUGUAACUAAGUUAUACUGUGUAUGCCUACACCAUUGUAACUUUUCUGAAAUAAUGAGUAUACUAUUUGCCUUAUUGCUUUUUGAAAUACGGUAUUUAGUGCAUACUUCAUAGACCUCAAAACCUUUUGGGUAUUUAAGGAAGUUGGCUAGAUAAAUGCCUGCUUCAGAUGCCUUUUUACUUUCCUAGAUUUGGAUUUCCUAAAUUCAAACAAUUCUCUGUUUACAGAUUCCUACUAGAGCAGCUAUGUGAUUCUGUGCCUUUAGACUCUAUUUUUCCUUUUCUAGUAAGUCACAUUUUUAUGAUUAAAUGAAUGAAGGGUUGGUGCCUAUGAUGGGAACUGAUGAUGAAACCUCACAUUGACUGGAAAAAAAAUCAGCUGCCAUCCCGUUUGCAUAGCAAGUACUUUCUUAUGACAAAUGUUGGCUCAAAAGGGAAAAGUUAAAUUUAUUCACACUUUCCCUGGAAAUCAAGACUACUUGUUAAAUGUACUAGGAUGUUAAGCACAUGUACAAAAAUACACCAUUUAAUUCCCUUUCUGAAAUAAAUAAUACAGUGAGGGGUGGGUUUUGUGGUUUUUUUGGGGGUUUUUUUUGUUUUGUUUUG